GAUGAAAAUAAUUAAACGACCUAUUGAACCCAGGGUUGAUGAAGACAACCUAUCUGUGCUACUAGACCUGCUCGGCGCGGGUCUGGUCAUCAAAGUCUUCGGCUCUCUACUCCUGGAGCGGAAGGUCAUCAUCAUCGGUGAUCAGUUAAGGUCGGUCUCGUCGUGCGUGGAGGCCCUGCAGAGCGCCCUGUUCCCGUUCGUGUGGCAGCAGCCGCUGAUCUCUUCGAUCCCGGCGGAGCUUCAGCGUGACGUUCUGGAGGCGCCGCUGCCGAUCCUCGCCGGGAUGCUCUCCAGCAACCAGGACCUCAGCGGGGUCGUCUUCGAGGAGGGCAUGCUAAUAGACCUAACACACCCUUCAAAGGUCCUAUUCUACCAAGGUGAUGAAUCCACAAUACUACCCACGCCCUCGUACAAGACCCUCAAGACAGCCCUUCAGAUGGAGACGAGCAAACACAAAGACAAAGCGGAAGACACGAAGACACGAAACGUGAUGAUCUCAGAAGCUUUCCUCAGAUUCUUUGUAGACAUUUUGGGUGAUUUCUGGAGGUUUUUCUCAGUUGGUGAUUUGAAGGAUGGUGAUUUAGGACGGGGGGAUGUUGUUUUUGAUAAAGAAUCGUUCAUCAAAAACGCAUCGUCGAAACAGAACCAAUACUUCCUGGAAUGGUUCACGGAGACAGCGAUGUUCACCCACUUCAUACAGAACAUGGCGGCGACAUACCACCACCACUUCGCGACUACCCCACAACCACCGCCUGAACUCGUAGACACCCCACUUCCAAACUUCUACGAGUUAUUCGAGGAGAGAGUCAAGAGUAGAUCCAAGACUGGUAGCAAACAUUUAGAUAAUAGCAAGAGUAACUAUAAGAAUGCAGUUAAUAAGAAAGUUAAAUUCUUGAAAAGUAAGCUAAGAGACUUGGUUGCGUAAGGUUAAGCUUCGCUCGGCGAGGUCGGGUUUUGGAUGGGUGACCGACUUACCAUGAGCCAAAGAAUGGUUAGUUUGAGCAUCGCUCGCUGAGGUCCAAGGUCGGAUUUUGGAUUUGUGGUCAAGUGAAAGGAUUAGUUAAGCGGAACUCUCCGAGGUUGUAGUUCGGAUGGGUAAACGAUGAACUGUGAUGCUAGUUUUGAUUUUGUUAUGCAGUGUCGUUGAAAGAACUGAGAUGCUGAAAUGCUGACUAGGUAAACCAUAUCUUGGUUGUAAAGGUCAAGCAACUCGGGCCGAGGUUACUUUCUUGAUGGGCUUCCGUUAUGAAUUUCAAAGUUGAAAAUCGGUCGUAAACUUUAAGCAAAUCUAAACGAGGUUAGUUUUUAGAUAGGUGAUCAUACUGAAGUGUCAAUUCAAAGUGUCUUAAUUGAUGUAAGCGAUCGAUGGAUGUAAAUUAUAGAAAAAUAGCUAUGAAAUGAAAACUGUCGCCUGUUUUCUGAUGAAAGGCGGUAUUAAUGGAUUAGUCAACAUAUUUAGAAAAUCAUGACAAGUGGAUAAGUAUUAAUAUAAAAA